CCGACGUCGAGGACGACGACGACGUUCUUCGUCGCGUAUCCCGCGCUUUCGAACCCAGUCCGCACUUAUCAUACUGAGACUUAAUUAUUGGGGCUGCAGAACAUCAAGAUAGAUAGGAAAAAUUUGAAGCAACCCCAAUAAUUUCAAGAUGUCCGGAUUCGCGGCAGCGGGUCUCGGAGCCCUCGAGUCUUGGAAAUCUAAAGCCUCAGACAAACUUGCUGGGCUCCGAACGAUUAGGGUAGGUAAUAAUAAAGGCUAUGAAGAGUUUGCAAUGCCAAAUGAUGAACGUAGCAAAGAUAAUAUGGGAUUCGAGGAUGAAAGAGGAUUCGAUGGACGUACAUCGUUUGACUCGCUGCCCGAACCGGAAAGACCACCUUUACGCCACAUUGACACAUACUGCAUGCCAGAAUGUCCUUGUUUAUCCAAGAGGUACACGAUGGCUGUUCUUGCCUGCCUAGGUUUCGUCAUCUCAUUCGGAAUGAGAUGCAACAUGGGAAUGGCUAAAAUAGCUAUGAAGAACGACACAGAUGAAAGAGGUGUUUUAAAAUUUAAUUGGACUGUUGCAACAGAAAGUGCUCUCGAUUCAUCAUUUUUUUGGGGAUAUCUAGUCACCCAAGUGCCCGGAGGAUUUCUAGCUUCUCUUUAUCCUGCUAAUAGGAUAUUUGGAUUGGCAAUAGCAGUAUCAUCUUUCCUUAAUUUACUUGUGCCUGGAGCACUUGCAGUGGACCCAAUAGUUGAUAUGGGUGUUCAAAUAUGCAAAGGACUUGCUGAGGGUGUGACUUAUCCAGCUUGUCACGGAAUCUGGAAGUACUGGGCGCCUCCGUUAGAGAGAUCGCGACUAGCUACUCUCGCCUUUUGUGGUUCAUAUGCAGCUGUCGUAAUUGGUCUACCACUUUCUGGUUAUCUUACGAAUUGGUUCGGCUGGCCGGCAUCGUUUUACUUUUAUGGCAUCAGUGGACUUAUCUGGUGGGGGUUCUGGUUAUGGCUUGGGUUUGAAAGACCCUCGAAACACCCUUGUAUCUCUGCGCGUGAACUGCGUUAUAUUGAAGAUUCAUUAGGACAAGCACAAAAUAACUUACCAAUGCCUACAUUUUCCUCAACUCCAUGGAGAAAGUUUCUUACAUCGAUGCCUGUUUAUGCUAUCAUCGUUGCUAAUUUUUGUCGUUCAUGGAACUUUUAUUUACUUGUCCUUUUUCAACCUCGUUUUAUGCAUGAAGCGUUUAACAUGCCCAUGGUUGAGACUGGCAUAAUUGGAUCGCUGCCUCAUCUACUAAUGACAAUAAUUGUACCUUGCGGAGGUUUGCUUGCGGAUCAUCUACGAAAGCGUGAGAUUAUGACGACAACAAACGUCAGAAAGGUAUUCAACUGUGGAGGCUUCGGUAUGGAAGCUCUUUUCUUCCUAGUCGUUGCCCACGCAACCACCCAUAAAAAUGGUACUGCUGCCACUGUUGCCUUGGCGAUUGGAGUCGCUUGCAGUGGAUUCGCCAUUUCCGGUUUCAACGUUAAUCAUCUUGACAUUGCUCCUCGAUACGCGAGUAUUCUCAUGGGAAUGUCCAAUGGAAUUGGGACUAUUGCUGGACUGCUUGUUCCAUUUUUUGUGGAUAAUAUUACAACAAAUAAGGAUGCUCACAGUUGGAGGAAUGUUUUUAUCAUGGCUGCAUGUGUACAUUUUUUCGGAGUAACAUUCUAUGCGAUAUUUUGUUCUGGAGAGCUGCAACCUUGGGCAGAUCCGUCAGCAGAAGAACAACAAAGUUGGAAUCCACUCGACGAGUUGGGACAAGCUAAACCGCCAGUACCUCCACCACCGAAGACAAUGCAGUCGGAAUUUAUUAAACAACCAUCAUUGGAUGUAAAUGCAGCUUGGAAUAACAGUGAACAACUAAAUGAGAGUAACAACUAUUCUCAACCUGUAAUUAAUUAUGGAUCAACGGAAACUAAUACAAAUCCCUUUCACUCAACAAACCCAUUCGCAAGUGACAUCCAGGAAACUCAGGUCCAGCCGCCAAUGUUAGAUGAUUACUCGCACGAUGUGAUGCAAGAUCGACAAUGGGAAUAAUAUCCUGCUCCAAAAUUUAAGUAAUCAGCAGAUUGAUAAAAAAUCCAAACGAUCAGGUUAGUUUUAUAAAUUUGGUUAAUGCAAUGCUAGAUUUUUUCUUGCUAACGUCGUUUGCGGACUCGAUACUAUCCAUAAAAUUGACAAAAAAAAAAUAA